AGGCUGUAUUCUCUAGACGAUAUAUCCUGCCUGGUGUAUAUCAAAGUUCCACAUGGCUGCUACCUACACUAUAUCCUCUUUACGGCCACCAGCUGUUGCUUCCAUUCCGUGUAACACAAUGUCAGGUCUUGUUUACCAAAAUACAUGAAUUUGAUGAAAUUUGUCCUGUUAGAUUAGGUGCUGUAUCUGAAGUGUCUCCUGCCUUGCAGCUGUUUGGUAGAUGUGGUAUUUCAGCACCAUAACACGAGUCAUUUGCAUGUAAUGUCGUGAUGAAAAAACACCUAAUUGCAUUGUGGCCUAUAUCCAACCUGUAAUUCCAGGCGUCCAUGGAUUUGAUAACCAUAAUGAGAGAUUGUGGCAGAGUUACUGAAGCAGAGCCGCACGGCAGUGCGCUGGCCGCGUCGUCAUACAGCCUUAUUAACACAUAGCGCAUUUCCUGGGUCGAUCAGUGAGUUUUAUAUUACUCAUGUGCUUUAUUAAAUAGGAUUCUGUAACAUUGACAGAGAGGAGACACUUGAAUAUCGGAGUCUGGUGAUUGACAUUUUGUCUGGAUUCUCGGCAGUAGUGCUGUGUAAAUAUUGGUGAAGUGAUGCACUCUUGGUAAGCUGUGAGGACGUCUCUAGAGGAAGAACGGCAUAAAAUCAUGCUCUUUGCAGAACUUAUGCCAACCCGCGGCUACAUUGCCGGCAAGCCGGUGUCGAGAUGGGACGCGGAGUCCGACAACAUCGACAUCGAGUACAAGAACCUGGACCGGCCCCGCCCACAAGCGUGGUGCGGAGACUGCUUCAGUGGGAGGAAGGGGACAAUCCUCAAGGUCCUCCUCCUCAUCGUCAUCUUCUUCGUGGGCCUCAUUCUCGGAUACAUCAUCAGGCGCAACAUCCACGAGACUUUCAUAGAACCUGAGCAGAAGCCUAACUUUGGAGUCCAGCAGGACUACAGCGCUGAAAUCAGCAAGGUGAUGCGAGACAGCAUCAACAAUGUGGCCAACUACCAGGACCACAUCAAAACCAUCACCAGAAAGAUUCUGCUGUCAGGCCUCGGCGGAACCAACCAGAUGAUCGACUAUGUCGACUCUUUCUGGAAGUCUUACUACUUCAACUCCCUCAGAGAGAAGAAAUAUUCUGUCCAACUCUCCUAUCCACAAUAUGAGAAGGAUACAGUGAGUGAGCUGCGUGUCGUGGACAGCAACAACACGGUGUACUUCCACUACCACAACAACAUGACCAACGAGAGAGUCGAGUACUUGCCAUUCAAUGCCUAUGCAAAGUCAGGGAACAUAACAAGCGACCUUGUGUACGCUCACUAUGGCCGCAGAGAAGAUUUUCAGAAAUUAAGGGAUCUGAAGGUCAAUAUAACUGGUUGUAUUCUUCUCAUCCGCUACGGGAGAAUUCACCCUGCAAACAAGGUGAAGCACGCGGAGGAGAACGGUGCAAGUGGGGUGGUGUUCUACAGUGACCCCCAGGACUUCUCAGACCCCCACGCUGAAGUGGGCAGCUUCUACUAUCUCCGGAGCUGGGCCAUCCAGUUGGCACAGGUCCGCUACGCCCUGACCGGUGACCCAACAACGCCACAGUACUCAUCCAUGGAUGGAGUUCCCCGCGUCACCAACAGCACCGCCAAGUUCCCUGACAUCCCUGUGCUGCCCAUCAGCUAUGCAGAUGCCGAGGACUUGCUGAAGGAUCUUGGUGGAGUGGCGGUACCAAACGAGUGGAGUGGUGACAUGAGUGUUACCUACAUGACUGGCCCAGGCUACAUCGGAACCAGGCAGGAGAGUAAGGUGAACUUGAUCGUCAACAACGUCCUGGACAUGAGGGAAGUCACCAACAUCAUCGGGACGUUCAAGGGCAAGUAUGAGGAAGAUCACUACAUCCUGGUGGGAGCUCACAUCGACACAUGGACAAUGGGGGCCGUGGAUGCAGGCUCCGGGUUCGCAGUGCUCAUGGAGCUGGUCAGAGUGUACUCGUUCCAGGUCAAAAACGGCUGGCAGCCCAGGAGAAGUGUUAUCUUUGCUGUCUGGGAUGCCUCCAAAUAUGGUCAUAUAGGUGCAUAUGAGUGGGUGCAGGAAUACGAGAAGCAGCUAGGAUAUGGCGCCGUCACCUACAUCAACCUGGACUCUGCUGUACGAGGCAACUACAGCUUCUAUGCUGAGGCAAGCCCACUGCUGUAUGACGUCAUCUACGAUGCCACGAUGACCGUAUCACUGGACGGAACACCUGUCUACAAUUCCUGGAAGACCCUACUGCCGGGCAUCAAGGACAAGAAUAGGCCACUUAUUAAUGACCUCGUCGGAGACAGUGAUGCAUCACCCUUUGCAUACCACGUUGGCGUGCCCAGCAUAGCUCCGGCAUUUACCUAUAACAUUAAGACACACCCAAACCUGCCAACGUAUCCAGCCUACAGCACCCUGGAGGAUGACAGCGAGUACCUGCAGACUCUCAUCGACCCUGACUUUAAGCUGCACAUCACGCUGACACAGAUCGUGACUGACCUACUUCUGAGGCUGUCCGACAGCGCCAUCCUGCCCUUCAACGUCAGCAACUACGCGCUCAUAUUCAGGAAGGGCAAAAUGGAGCUUGAUAAGUACCUGGUAGACAUCCAUGAUGCCAGGAUUAAAAUCGACAUGCUCUAUGCUGGAAUUCAAAACUUCACAGAUUCUGCAAACAUUUUCCAUAAACGUUUUACAUCGGUUGAUAAAACAAAAAUAACGGAAUUUGCUUUGCACAAGAUGAAUGAUCAAGUUAUACAACUGUCCCGCGCCUUUAUAUCCCAGCAGGGCUUUCCAGGGCAUCCACAAUACAGGAACGUGUUAGUGUCCCCUCACCCCGAGAACCUGAACGAUGAGACCGUCUUCCCUGGUUUGAUCUGGGGAGCCAUUGAGGGUAAAAGGUCCGGCAACUGGGACAUGUUCCGACACCAACUGUCAGUGCUACUGGUGUGUUUGAGACAAGCGAGAGACAUUUUGACAGAAGAUAUAAUUUCCGCCACGUUGUGAGAGCUCCAUGAAGGGAGAUAACUUGUGACUAUGCAGGGGAGGGUGGUGUAUCUUGCCAUAGACGCUAGCUGUAUAUAUACCAUAACAUUCCCUGUACGGUGUGAUGUAGUCCUAGACAGGCAGCUUCUUAUUGGAUUAUAUCACAGGUGGCAUUGGAUAUCUACAGUUUGGGCAUGUGCAUGUCAGUGGUGAGCCCUAAUCAAGGAUAUAUUUCACCAAUCAAUGGAAAGGAUUCGGAAGUAAGUGAUCCUGGACUGUAAAAACAAGAGUACCAAGAGUAUGAUAUAUAGAUAUUGACAUUCCCUGAUUAAAGUGAGAUAUCCAUGAUUUGGGGCCUGUGAUACUUCAUUAUGGCCCUUACUAUGGACUGUGUUUCUGUGGAGGGUUGUCCUGGGAGAUGGUCCUGAUUCCACAUUGCAAGCGUUGGUGUUGGCUCUAUAAACAAGGACUUUCAGCAGCAAUGUUUCAGUAUCCUGUAGCUUACAUCGGGUGUUAAAUAUACAUGUACUGGGCUGGUGACUCCUACAGAUGGUCCCUUGUAAAGGACAUUGUAUCUAUUCAUUAUUUCCCAACAAUGGUUCGGCAACAGUGGACAGAAGAUGAGCAGAGGCUGUUUUCAGGGAUUUCAGGAGACAGUAGAAAUGACAAUGUCCAGAGCUUUGGAGAUGUUUGUCAAGGUCGAAUAAGCAGCUACACAAUUUCCAGGCGUCACUGGAUGUUCAAUGUGAUUGACAUUUGUGAUUCUGUUGGUGCUGAUUGGAAGAAGUAACAUCUAUCAAUUUGGAUAUAAAUACUGACCAAGAUAAUCCCCGAUCCCACAACCUCAUGCCAAGAUGUGUGAUGUCAACAUUACCUUAACUGUAUCAGAUGUGUGAUGUCAAUAUUACUUGAGCUGUUUCAGAUGUGUGAUGUCGACAUCACUUGAGCUGUAUCAGAUGUGUGAUGUCGACAUCACUUGAGCUGUAUCAGAUGUGUGAUGUCAACAUCACUUGAGCUGUAUCAGAUGUGUGAUAUCAACAUUACUUGAGCUGUGUCAGAUUGUUAUAUCAACAUCACUUGAGCUGUAUCAGAUGUGUGAUGUCGACAUCACGUAAGUACUAAUUGAUCUUAAAGUCAAAAGCAUCCCUAUCCGAGCACAUAGUGUGAUAGCAAGGUGGACACCAAGCUGUGCUGAUAUUGUUGGGAAGAACGCAUUUCUGUAGAUACAUCAUGAAGUCAUUAUUUAGACUUUGAAAUCAUGUAAAUACUGAUCUGAUAUUUAUAUGCGUUUUUGUGAUAUCAAUGUACCUUUAACUGUCCUUUGCAUACCAUGUUUUUAAGGAAACUGUCAGAAUGUUUGUACUUUUCUUUUGUUCGUCGUCAAGUUUUUUGAAUCAAGCCUCCCAAAAUCCCCCUGACUUCCUGUAGCAUCUUCCAUAGAACGUUUGUAGCCAUGACAGGAAGGAAUGCUGUGUUCUACUGCUGUGUUCCUGGAGUGAUCUGUCAGAUGGAAGCUGUUCAUAUGUUUACUUCUUGCUCAUUGCACUUGAAGCCAGAAAAGCUCUCAGCCAAAAUUUUACCAAAGAAUGAAACCUUCCAGAUUUAGAUGUUUGUAUUUGUUGUCCAUAAGGCCUUCGGAACUGUUUUUAUGUACAGAUUGUUGACUCUAUUGUUGCUCAUCGAUGUCAUGAAGUCCUCUGAAAGGCCCUGGUAAUGUAGUCAUUGAAGUGUUGGAUCCUCAGGGUAAAGAACAGGGUUCUCUGUGUAAGUGUUGGAUCCUCAGGCUAAAGAACAGGGUUCACUGUGUAAGUGUUGGAUCCUCGGGCUAAAGAACAGGGUUCAAUGUGUAAGUGUUGGAUCCUCGGGCUAAAGAACAGGGUUCACUGUGUAAGUGUUGGAUCCUCGGGCUAAAGAACAGGGUUCAAUGUGUAAGUGUUGGAUCCUCAGGCUAAAGAACAGGGUUCACUGUGUAGAGCUCAUUCCUGGUGUCAUCUGCCAUGAUGGAUAUUGCUGACAAAGCAGUGGAAAAGUCACUCAGUAAAAAUGCCAAGGAAUAAAGAUGACAUUACCAGAUGCGAGAAGACACUUCAUUUGUCACUGUCAUCAUAUUACUGAAUUCAAACUAUAAGAAAUUUCUUUCUUCGGUGUCUUGUGUUGAUUCAGAAGUAGAAAGUAUUUGGAUUAUGUAUCCUGCAGCCAAAUGUUUCCAAUACUGAGUUCUGCAUCAUCCGCUUGCAUCUGCUACCUAUGUUCAGUAAUGGAAAAUUCUCACAAGGCGUUUUCUGUUUCAUAAUCUGUGAAGUGGUUCAUGAAAAAAAGAAGCUGGAAGGAAACAUUUAAAGUAAAAUAUUAAAGAACCUCUUGAGAACCUUGGCUUCAUGUGUACCCGGGAGCCUCUUUCAAGUACUAGUGGCCAGUACCUCAUCACUGACUAUAGGUAGUAGUUGGGCCGAUGUUAUGUCACUGGUACUGGUGUUCAGGUCCAGUGAAGACUGCACCAGAAACUGGGGUCUCUUGAAGAUGUGUGUAGAACCAAAGACAAGAAAGUCGCACAUCAAAAUGUCUUUCCUUUGAACAUGUAGCAGCAGAAUUAGACAUUCCUGAACAGUGCAAGAUCACAUGAGUACAACUCGGAAAUGACAUAUCUGCUUGUGACAAAAUCUUUUAAGAUCUCUCGAGGUUCAUUUCCAACACCACUGUACAUCAGCAUUGUGAACCAAUUCCAAGAUGAGAUUUUUUGAAAGAAUGCCUGCUAUAUUACAAUCUGCUAAAUGAGAACUUACUUUUUCCCACUUUUAUGUCAUUCAUAAAUUUGAACCUGGUGGUGUCUGUCGAUAUUGUGUCUGUGAAUAAGAUCUGUCCAUGUCCAUGAAUUUCAACAUAAUCAAUCACGUCACAUAAUCUUGCUUCUUAGCAGGUUGACCUGAACACUGACUACUGACAUCGGAGUAUCAAACAAAGAAGGAAGAAUAUUGUCACAUUUUAUCAAAUAAAUGUAAAAAAAUGAUUGAAAAAAAAAAAAAAAAAAAAAAAGAAUAUUAAAAGAUGUCAUAAUAAAGAUACCAUGUCCAGAUCAAUGUUCGUUCAAAUUACGUUUUCAGCUCCUUGGGGAGUAUAAACCCAGGCUGCCUGAUAGACAUAGAUAUUCUGAUCCUGCUCUCUAAGAGUUUGUAAGUGAAAGGAAACCUGAAGUCAGUUAUAUGAGUACCUCUUAACACGACCUGCAUUGGUUCAUGUACAUCCAGGGUGCACAGGUGGUCCAGUCAUCUAAGGCGCCGCGAUUCGCUGUGCAGAGGGACGCCAGAAACCUAUGAUUGUGGGUUCGAAUCCUGGUUCGCCUCGAUUAUGUUUCUAGGUUUGUCACCACCAUACUCGUGCUCGUGGGUUUCUCCGAAGUGGUAAACGUCUAUAUAACUGCGGUAUAACUGGAAUACUGUUAAAAGCGACGUUAAACCCAACUCACUCAGUCAGUCAUUCAUGUACACUCAUGUAUUCCAUUCCAGUCUGUUGGCUGCAAUACAAGAAUGUCAUCGAAGUCAUCGGUUUCUUUAGUUUCACUGGUAACAUUACAACCUUAACAUGUACACAAUAUAUGGGAAAUAAUAAUAAAGUGGAGAUAUGGAGUAAUGAUGAAUAUAUGCUGUGUAGAUAUUGACUGUAUCAUCCCAGAUCUGAUAUAUUCAAUUGUGAUUGGUUGUUUUUAAUUCCACCAUUUAUCAUGUUCGUUGGCAUUGUUUUCACAUAGAAAUCCAGAACUUGUUCCCGACGCUGUCAUCAUGCAUAAUUGUUUACACUAAUUUUAUCAUGCUCUCUCAUAGAAGAGCUUAUUUGUUAUUCUGUUGGAUUUUAAUUUAUAAUUUCAGCAUGCACUAAUCACAUCAUGACGAUGACAUCAACCAUAACAAAGUGGGAUAGAUGACUUUUCUUUACCAUGACAUUCUAUUUCCCAAUUUCAGCAUAAUAAAGCGAUGUCACAAGAUGAUUUUUCAUGAUGUACAUUCAACAUCUGUAACAAAGAGGUUCUUUCAUGAGACCAUCACAGGUGUCUCCUGUAACAGGACGUUGCUCUGGUGUCUGCAUGACGAGGGGCAUGUUCUUAGAGGGAUGGUUCUCACGACGUGAGACACGGCGUCAUGACAAGAAAGAUCGCACUCAUGUCUCCUGUAACAGGACGUUGCUCUGGUGUCUGCAUGACGUGGGGCAUGUUCUUAGAGUGAUGGUUCUCACGACGUGAGACACGGCGUCAUGACAAGAAAGACCGCACUCAUGUCUCCUGUAACAGGACCUCCUUUUGUCAUCUGUAUAAUGUGGAUUGUGAUCUCGUAUUGAUAUGAUGCUUCAUCACUCAUUCAACAUAAUUGGGAUCAGCAAUCAUUCUGUCACGUUUGCUGUUAUCAAGAAACCUACAGGUGUAUAUGUUUCUUGCUGUAACCAAGUUCUUCCAACUUUUGUACAAGUCAAGGUGAUUGGUCAAGUACAUUUUUUUUAUAUUCAUGUAAAGUUAGCUUUUUUGUAAAAAAUAUUUUGGUUACGUUUAAGCAUUUAUUUGUGGAUAAGGAUAUUUCUCCUGUGUAAAGUAUUAAGAACUUUUGAUAAUAUCUGCUCACAUGUGUUAAAUUUGUAUAGAAAUGUUGACUUUUUGUACAAUUCAUCUCAUUUUGGAUUAUUCUGCAAACAGGUAUCAAGUGCCAUUCAUGUUUUCAAAACAUUACUAUACACCCAAAUAAGGCUUGAUCUGAUUAUUGAUCAGACACUUGAUGUAAAGUAAACUGUACAUCAAAUAAGGCUUGAUCUGAUUAUUGAUCAGACACUUGAUGUAAAGUAAACUGUACACCAAAUAAGGCUUGAUCUGAUUAUUGAUCAGACACUUGAUGUAAAGUAAACUGUACACCAAAUAAGGCUUGAUCUGAUUAUUGAUCAGACACUUGAUGUAAAGUAAACUGUACACCAAAUAAGGCUUGAUCUGAUUAUUGAUCAGACACUUGAUGUAAAGUGAACUGUACACCAAAUAAGGCUUGAUCUGAUUAUUGAUCAGACACUUGAUGUGAAGUGAACUGUACACCAAAUAAGGCUUGAUCUGAUUAUUGAUCAGACACUUGAUGUAAAGUGAACUGUACACCAAAUAAGGCUUGAUCUGAUUCUUGAUCAGACACUUGAUGUGAAGUGAACUGUACACCAAAUAAGGCUUGAUCUGAUUAUUGAUCAGACACUUGAUGUAAAGUUAACUGUACACCAAAUAAGGCUUGAUCUGAUUAUUGAUCAGACACUUGAUGUAAAGUGAACUGUACACCAAAUAAGGCUUGAUCUGAUUAUUGAUCAGACACUUGAUGUAAAGUGAACUGUACACCAAAUAAGGCUUGAUCUGAUUAUUGAUCAGACACUUGAUGUAAAGUUAACUGUACACCAAAUAAGGCUUGAUCUGAUUAUUGAUCAGUCACUUGAUGUAAAGUUAACUAUAUACCCAAAUGUGGCUAUAUUUGAUAAGUGAUCAGAUACAAUGGAUAGAGAAGUUGAGAGACUUGUAUAUGAUACAAAUGUAUCACAUGUCUGCGAUACAGUUCUUGAUCCUUUUAUGUUUAGCAAAUGUGAUGAGAUCUCCCCUCCUGUUUACGUUUUUAGUAAUCAUGUUUAUCUGCCUUCCUUUACUAUUGUUGUGGUACUGCCUUUGUGUUUUGUUAGCUUUCAGAUGGCUUUUGAAAAUAAUAUUUCUUGCUUUUUUAUAUGAACAAAUUGUGAAUAAAUAUUCUGGUUAGAAA